UCGGCGGGAUGGACAAAAAUCAGACUGCGAGACAACAAAAUAGAAGUGCAGUAAACAGUGAGAGGGAGAAUAGUGUUGAGGCUACAAGGCGGGUUACAGCUAGAUAAAUAUGUUCACAUCCUGUUCGAUCGGAUUAUGACAUUACAUGCAUCGUGGUGACAUGCAAAAGAUAAGCAGACUCGUUUUUUUAAAUAUACGAUUGCACACAUUUCCUACAGCGAGAACGAGUUUGACAUGGAAGUGAAGCGCUAGCCAGCAGACGUAGCACUUUAUUUUCACUGUCAUAAAAUAACCUGGAAGAUUAUAGACAUCGGGUGGUAUGGAAAACUGUCCAUAGAGAUCACAUAAUUCGCUUUUUAUAUGGAUUUUAGCCCAACUACAAAUAGAGGAUAUUUUUAAAAAGCGUUGAUCAGCUGUCAAUAUGGCCGAAAUAAAGUCGCUCAGUGAGUCUGACGAUGAAGAUCUACACUCCACAGAUCCUGAGGGUAAGGACAAGAGCAAAGACAAGAAGAUACUGUGCAAAGUCAAAUGGUCUUGUGACGAGGAUGAGAGGCUGAAGAAGUUAGUGGAGCAGCAUGGAACAGACUCCUGGAAAUUAGUAGCUAAUCAUUUCCCAGGGAGGACAGAUGGCCAGUGUCAGCACCGCUGGCAGAAAGUGCUCAACCCAGAGCUGGUGAAAGGACCCUGGACAAAAGAGGAGGAUCAGAAGGUGAUCGACCUGGUGCACAAAUAUGGCCCCAAGCGCUGGUCGGUGAUCGCUAAGCACCUGCAGGGACGCAUCGGAAAGCAAUGUCGUGAGCGCUGGCACAACCACCUGAACCCUGAAGUAAAGAAGUCCUCCUGGACCCAGGAGGAGGACUGCAUCAUCUACCAGGCCCACAAACGCCUGGGCAACCGCUGGGCUGAGAUCUCCAAGCUGCUGCCUGGAAGGACGGACAAUUCCAUUAAGAACCACUGGAACUCCACCAUGAGGAGGAAGGUAGAGCACGAGGGGUAUCUUCAGGAGGGCUGCAGGGGAUUCUGCUUUGACCAUAGGGGGGUGAAGAGAAGUCACCACAGACCCUGUGUCCCCCAACCAGACACCCCCCACCACGGGCACAGCCCUCUGGGCAUGGAAGGACCAACACAGCUCGGGGGUUACCCUUAUAGCCCUCACUGUGGCCAACUGAUGGACAGCCUCCAAGACUCCUCCAGCUACUUAUCGAAUGUGGAGCGUUACUCCAGCUGGGCAGACAGCGUGUCAGACGACACCAUGACCACCAGCAGCAGCAGUCUGGAGGAUCAGGCUGAGGGAGGCUGGAGGGGGGCAAAGGAGGGCCGGGGCCCCCCGAGGGAGCAGGCUGAGGAGGGCUGGAGGGGCCCAGAGGAGGGCCGGGGCCCCCCGAUGGAGCAGGCUGAGGAGGGCUGGAGGGGCCCAGAGGAGGGCCGAGGGCUCCAGGUCCAGCACCACGUCUCCCCCAGUAAGUUCCUGUCUGUGGAGGCUAAUUCCGUGCUCUCCACCUUGCAGACCAUCCCAGAGUUCGCAGAGUCCAUGGAGCUCAUCGACUCGAUGUGUCUGGCUCUACAGGACCCUAUGACGUGGAGCGAGGCGUCCAGCUUCGACAUGUCUGAGGCGACUACCCCCCCGAAACAAACACAAGGGGGCUACGCACCCCAGGGGAGAACCACAGAGGGGAUGAGGUACGCAGUUGACCACCCCAACGGCAUCUCCACCAAGCACUGUGCCCCCAUGGGUCAGGGGAAGGCCCCCCCACACACCCCGAACAACAUGCCCAGAUCGAGUUUACCUACCCUGGGGAGGAGGAUGAGGGGGGACCAGUCCCCUGAUAGGAGUUGCCCAUCCUUCUUAGACUCACCAAGCACCAACUCACCCAAGAACACCCCCACGAAAGCACUGCCCUUCUCCCCCUCCCAGUUCUUCAACACAUCAGGAGGAGAGCAUCUGAGCUUGGACAAUCCAGCUCUGACCUCCACCCCGGUCUGUGACCAGAAGUGUCUCCUCAACACACCCUUCCAGAGGGAGACCACGCCCAAACACCAGAAAGAGAAUGUGGGUUUCAGGACCCCUAAGAUCCGUAAGUCCAUCAUGGUUCCGACUCCCAGAACUCCUACUCCGUUUAAGAAUGCCCUGGCCGCCCAGGAGAAGAUGCAUGGGCCACUAAAGAUGGUGCCCCAGUCCCUGGCCUUCCUGGAGGAAGACCUCAGGGAGGUGCUGAAGCAGGAUAUUGGAUCAGACAUCUUCACCAGGGAACUACAACCACAUUUCAUGACAUGGAAACAUGACGUGGAUGGGCCAGCCAGGAAGGUGCGUAAGUCCCUGGUGCUGGACUCCUGGGGGAAAGACUGUCUUAACGUCCAGCUAUUCCAGGAACAGCGCAAUAAUGCACAGGUCCCAGAGGAGAGUCUCCUGACCAGCUCCUUACUGAUGACCCCCCUCCCUGAGAGAGACAGAGAGGAGCACCCUGCCCCCUCGUCUGGGAGGAAGGGGUCCUGUGCCCCCCUACUCCAACUCCCCAGCCCCCGCAAGAGGAAGAACCCCCCUUCGGUCAGAAUGUCCCACCACGAUUCACUUAGACAGGUAAAAAGCGAGUGGGAAGCAGUGGUUUAUGGGAAGACUGAGGACCAGCGGAUCAUGACAGAGCAGGCCCGGCAGUAUCUGGGUAGUACCUACCCAUCCUCCGCCUGCACCUCGAGGGCCCUCGUCCUCUGAGGCCUAUGUCACCCCACACACUACACCCGUGCGGCAGAGUUGCUAUGUAAACCACGCUCCUUCUCCUAACGACUCUUAGCAUACUUAGACAAUCUGGUGUAGGCAACUCAAAUCAUUUUGAAAGUUGUGUAUUGAUAAGAUCCCUAAGUGAACACUCAAGUGUACCACAGAAUACUUUACAGAAAAAGCCAAGUCAAGCCUUUUUUUCUCAGUCACACUACCCAAGAACCUUGACGUCUUUGAUUUGAGUUUUUGUAGCCAUAAAUUCCUUGGUUUGUCUUUUGAAUACACACAAGCCUAGCCAUGUAACAGGUUUGUACAGAUAAGAAAUACUUGAUUUUCUGCACUAUAAUGUGUUAAAAUGGAACAAUCUGCACAUACAGUAAGUAGUAAGCUGUAGAAAUAGACUGAUUAUUACUAGCAGUGGCUGAGUCUCAUAUUGUUCAUAUAUUGUUUAAAUAAAAAUGAAAAAAAUCUGUUUUAUGAUGUAAUAUUACACGUAUAUGUAUAUUUUCUAACUUGUUUGUAGAACUACCCUGUACUGCUACACCUGUUGUUUUGAAGUCUUAGGAGAGAGACAGAGCGCUGUCUGUAUGGCACUACUGAGUUGGGGUUGGCUGCAGAGAAGCCAUCAGUGUUGAGGUGACUGGAUAGCACUUGUGAUGUGACUGUAUUGUUUCAAAACGCAAUCAAGUUUCCGUUCCAAGGCCAUACUUUCCUUUUGCAGUCUCAAGUUGAGACAUUUGUUGAAUGUAUUUCAUAGCGUGAAACUGCGAAGAAACUCCAAAUGGAAGGGUACUUUUUCCCCCCAUAUUUUAUUUAUUAUCUGUAUUCUAAAACAUAGAUAUUAAUAUAAGUGUAAAUUGAACACAUUCUCCUUUGAGAAAUCUUCCGAAAGCCUUUCCCUGCCCCUAAGAUUUGAUCUGUCAGUUCUACUUCUUACCUUCUAUUGAUCUAGGUUGUGUUUGGGGAAGGGUACACUGAUCCAAAAUCAGAAUCCAGUUGUCAUGUUUGCUACUGAUCAAUAGUGCUCAGUGUGCUAAAACGACCAUGUUUAGUUGAGGGGAUCCUCCUGUUCGCAUGAAGGCUGUAUGCUCUAUUUAUUCAAUGUUUACUCAUUUAUUUAUUUAAAUACAAAGAUAAAUGAUCAAAUCGUUAUAUUUUCUUCUUAUCAGAAAAGGAUUGGGCUACCUUUCACCUAAUCUCUCCAAAUUAGACAUAACAAGCAAACAUGCACUGCCACGAAUUCCUUUUUAUUCACUAAUUAUUUAAUCAGAUUGAGUUAAUUACCAUUCGUAUAGUGACAUCACUGAGUUGUUAUUGAUAGAACAGUUUCCCCUGGAAUCAGUUAGUUUUUUUGUAGCAGGACCCAGUCUCUAAUCAUAGACAAAUUGCACUUUGCUCAUUGUUUUAAGUGUUGUUUCGUUCAUUUGUUUGAGAGCAUGACCUAGCUCCUUUUAUGUGUGUGUGUUUUGGUCAUUUUUUUCAAAUCCAAUGCCGUUAGAUGAAUGUCUCACUACAUGUGACAAUUGAACAUUGACCUAAAUAGGUAUAGAUGGAGCUGCUUGAUGUAUGUUUUUACAUGGCAUGUAAAGAUUGAGCUUUUUGUAAAGAUGGAAAUAUUGUAAAGAUUAAGCUUUUUUUAAUAUUUUUUUUUUAGAUCAAUUGUUUAUCAGUAAUAAUCACCAGGACAAUAUAAGAUUUUCAACAGACAAAAUAUUAUUUUUUGUUGUAUGUCUUCAUGUGACAAUGCAGUUUUCUAUAGCUCUGAUUGGUUACCUCUGUAAUAAAAGGGGGCAGCAGAGUAUCUAUGGUCCCUGUGGUGAUGGUUGGUGUCAUUCGUUCCAACGGUCUUCCAGCUGUUUAGAAUCGGAAUUAUAAUUUGGAUUAUAAUCUGGAUUAUCUAGCAUUAAGUGUGUUGGAGAAUAAAAAGGGAAUCUCCUCGGGAGAGUUCACAAGGAAACAUCAUGUAUGUUCACCCUCUCUGAGCUCCACAGAGCUUCAGUCUCUGAUCUUUCUUAUUUUCCUUCAUCGGCUACACUAAAUGUGUAUGUUCUGUUGGUUGGUUUGACUUCAGUAUGUUUGGUUUGUAACAUGUUUGUAUGUUAAUACUUGGACAUCUAACCCUAUGUUAUGAGGAAAUGAAGUACAUUUAUAGUAGUUGUUGUCAUAAUCAUGCAUGAACAACAAGCAAUACGCUGGACCUUUCCAGUACCAUGUUUGUACAGUAAUCAGACGUAACACUUGUCUUGUUUUCUGCUGUAAUCGUAACCAGGCAACACAGAAUUCCUGCCAACUGCAAAUGGAACCAUGUACUUAAUAUGGAAUAGUAAUAAAAUGUUAUUGCAUUGCA